AACCCACUAACUCCCAAUUGUCAAGCGAAGAAAUUCCAGGUGACGUCACGACGCACAAGGACCGCCCCCAAGGGCGCCCACGACGCAUAAAUAAGACGUCAACGGGCGGGGAGCCAGCCUCGGGGUCUGACGGGAUUGUGGCGGUCCUCUUUCCCAACUCGGAAGCCACCGGUGCCUCCAGACGCUCUCAAGAUGGCGACCUCUCUGGGUUCCAACACCUACAACAGGCAGAACUGGGAGGAUGCGGACUUCCCCAUUCUGUGCCAGACGUGUCUUGGAGAAAACCCAUAUAUCCGAAUGACCAAAGAAAAGUAUGGGAAGGAAUGUAAAAUCUGUGCCAGACCAUUCACGGUGUUUCGUUGGUGCCCCGGGGUCCGCAUGCGUUUCAAGAAAACUGAAGUGUGCCAAACCUGCAGUAAAUUGAAGAAUGUCUGUCAGACCUGCCUCUUGGACCUGGAGUACGGGCUGCCCAUCCAGGUUCGUGAUGCAGGAUUGUCUUUUAAGGAUGACAUGCCAAAGUCAGAUGUCAACAAAGAGUACUACACACAGAAUAUGGAGAGAGAAAUUUCUAACUCUGAUGGAACGCGGCCGGUUGGCAUGUUGGGGAAAGCCACCUCCACCAGUGACAUGUUGCUCAAGCUAGCCCGGACCACACCCUACUAUAAGAGGAAUCGACCCCACAUUUGCUCCUUCUGGGUAAAAGGAGAAUGUAAGAGAGGAGAGGAGUGUCCAUACAGACAUGAGAAGCCAACAGAUCCAGAUGACCCCCUUGCUGAUCAGAACAUUAAAGACCGAUAUUAUGGUAUCAAUGACCCUGUGGCAGAUAAGCUUCUAAAGCGGGCUUCAACAAUGCCUCGUCUGGACCCACCAGAGGACAAGACUAUCACCACACUGUAUGUUGGUGGUCUGGGUGAUACCAUUACUGAGACUGAUCUAAGAAAUCACUUCUACCAGUUUGGGGAAAUUCGGACGAUCACUGUCGUGCAAAGACAGCAGUGUGCAUUCAUCCAGUUUGCCACGAGGCAGGCUGCAGAAGUGGCUGCAGAGAAGUCUUUUAAUAAGUUGAUUGUCAAUGGCCGUAGACUCAACGUGAAAUGGGGAAGGUCCCAAGCAGCCAGAGGAAAAGAAAAAGAGAAGGAUGGAACCACAGACUCUGGGAUCAAGCUUGAGCCCGUUCCAGGACUGCCAGGAGCUCUUCCUCCUCCUCCUGCAGCAGAAGAAGAAGCCUCUGCCAACUACUUCAACCUCCCCCCGAGUGGUCCUCCAGCUGUGGUGAACAUUGCACUGCCACCACCCCCUGGUAUUGCCCCGCCCCCACCCCCAGGUUUUGGGCCACACAUGUUCCACCCAAUGGGACCACCCCCUCCUUUCAUGAGGGCUCCAGGACCAAUCCACUAUCCUUCUCAGGACCCUCAGAGGAUGGGCGCUCAUGCCGGCAAACACAGCAGUCCCUAGCACAUUAUCACCACUCCGGGGCUUUACAGAAGAAAGGGCGCUUAAAAAUCCCAGUACAUGAAUCUUGGAAUAAAUAUAUUUUUCCUUCCUUUGUAGUUUCCAUGGUAGCUGAAUGUGUUCAGAUGUGGGCAGUCAGAGAACGACAGCCGUGCUUCCCUACACGUAUUCCAAGGAUUGAUGGACCUCAAAUAAGCUGCCAUUAACACAUCUGGUUACUACUAUAACAUUACUAAUCAAACUUAAUGCCUGUUCUCCUUACUUCUGUGGCGAACAAGCAACUGGGUGAAUUGGAAUGUCUAACGGAGUUACCAUCCCAAUUGUAUGUUCAUUUUGUAUCUUUUUUUGGGGGAAAAAAUUGACCUGCAGUAAAAUCUUUUUGACCAUUUUUAUGUCCAUUGGGUAUUUUUCCUUUUUAUCAUCUGCAAAAAGAUUACUAGUACUAAUCAUUGUAGUGGCAUGAGUGUGAUUUAACACUUCAGAAGUCAACAUUAAAGAGACAGUAGGAACCAGCACCCAGCACAGCCCAGAUCUUUUCUUACCUCUCCUUUCCUCAUUACUAAAGGAAUCUGGCGGAUAGUUUUACCUCUCUGCGCUACCAAAACAAGACAAAAACAAAAAUUGCUUUUUAUUCCCGUCAAUUGGAUGGAAACACAAAUGUUAUGGAGCUGCGUAUUAUUGAAAAAAUCUGGUGUCUGGGAUGAAAUUAUUUUAAAGAGCUUCCUGUAAAACACGUGAGCAAACUGAGCCGAAAGGCACUGGCGCGUGUUGGAAGACCUGUGACCUGCAGCUAGCUGGGACUGUCACCUCUAGCAUUCACCUUCGUGUGUCUUCAGCGUCACGUCUUCAGCCCCUGCUUCUGGCCAGGGCACUCUGUUUGGUUUUAGAAUGUUUGGAUAUAACUGAAUUGUAGAUGGUAAAAAUAAUUGGAUGUUGUGUUGUGUUUUUUGUUUUUAAAAAAUUAAAACGGGUCAAUUUUCCAAACGUUGUCAUAGGCUUAUUUCUAGAUUUUUGUUUUCCUUAUCCUUUGGUAGCUCACCUUGAGGUUGGUAGAAAUUAGAAACCAGUACAUUUUUGGCUUUAGACUGUUCUGAUUUUUAUCUCUGUGUCCAUUUUAUGAUGGGAAAAAGGCCCAGCCGCUUUAGUAAGUACUUAAGGGUAUGAGGUUGAAAUAAGAUAAUGCACAGAGGGCACUCUGUGCAGAACCUGCCAUGUGGUGGUUGAUAAGUGGUAGCUUUAAAAAGUCAUUGCCAUAUUUUAUAGAAGUCAUUUUAAAGGGAAACAAGCAAAAAUUACCUGAAAUUCCAUUUCUCCAGGAGCCGAUUCCAUGUCACUUACCUAAAAUAUAUACUAAUGGGGUGGACAUAACCCAUAUAAAACCCAUUUUUAGCUUCUCUGGAGAAUUUUUUUUUCCUCUAGAAGGUUUCAUCAUGGAGGGGUUUUUUUGUUGUUGUUUUUUAUUAAGUUUUUUUUAAGUUUUAAAAAUCUAAAAGGAUUUAGAAAAUCUGAUUUAAUUUCUAGUAAUACCAAAUGUGAAUCAAUGAGGGUACUUCCAAGUAUUUUGACACCAUUUUGGGUAGGGUUGAGUUUGUUUUAGUUUUUGGCUUACUUUUGAACAUGUAAAAGAUUUUUAACCAAUUUGUGAAUAAGAUGUAGAUUAUGUAUUGUGUUUUAAUAAUUCCCAAGUUUAUAUCUGUACAUAUAUAUAUAUAUAUACAUAUGUAAAUAUAUGACUCCAAUUGUAUAUUCUUGCCUUUUUGAGAAGGAGGAGAUUCUAAAUUUUGUGCACUGCCUGGCUAUGGAUAUAUAUUUUUUGAAAAGCAUAAUAUGCCAGCAUAAAUUGAAGUAUAGAAUCGAUGCUCAAUCUUUCUUGAGUAAAUCAAAAUUAAGAGCAAUUAGAUUUUGACAAAAACUCUUAGGUACUUAACCACCUCCAUUUCCUUUUCCUCUAGGGCACACAGCUGGGGGCACACUUGGUGAAAAGUAACCUUUGCCAUUCCCAGACCAGGUCUGUAAAAACAUCUCACGUAAUCCUAUGAGCUCUUUUGCCGUCUGGCUAAAUACACUGGAGAAUGAUGAAGAUGGCAGAAUCACACAGAAGGAGCCUGGGUUUUCUAUCACUGCUUUGAAGAUAGAGCAUUAUAAUGGGAGGAAUUUUUGUUAUAGUAAACUUUUGAGACCUGGGGAUUUAUCUGUUACAGCAGCUAGUGUUACUCUAGUAACAGAGGUGUAGCUGACUCUCAUCACAAAAAAAGAAAAACCCCGUUUUUGUUUAUACUGAGUAAUGGUUUAAACAGACUCUGGAGCCAGAUUACUGCGUUCAGAUUCUCACUUCGGCACCUCCCAGCUGUGUGCCCUUGGGCACAUUACUUAGCCUCUGUCUAUUUGUCAUAAUGCCUCCCCCACAGCCCUUGUCGCUGCCUGUAGUAAUUUGAGGUCCUCCCGUCAUGGAGAAGGCUCAAAAGGUAAAGCAGCAUGAUAGCUGAACUAAGGCAGCUUAUGGUGCAAAGAGUGAUGUGACAGAUGUUUUAGAAGCCAAGUCAGUGAGCCAGUGUAAUGACACCUGAAAUAAUGGAAGUGAAAGAGGGGUCUAGGAUGACCCCCAGGGUCUCUGGUUUGCUCAGAUGGGCAGAAGGAUGCCUUUUCCUGACAGAAUGAUGGGUAGGGGAGGAGAGUGAGAUUGGGAAAUGGUAGGAGAAUGAGUCCGAUGUGGGAUUUGGUAAGUUGAAGUUACCUAUGAGACCGGUGGCAAUUCCCAGCCCAAAAGGAAUUGGAGCUUAAGAAAGAUCAAGAUUUGGGAGUUGGUGAUGAAGUAGCAUUUGAAGCUCUGGGUGUGGAGUGAAAUCCUGCGGGAUAGGGAUAUAGAACAUUUGUUCUUAAACUUCAUUAGGUGAGUUCCUUCCAUGGGUAAGGCAAAGACCACCCUCUGAGAAACACUAGUAUAGGAUAAAAUGGCUUUCUAAGUUUAGAAAAAGUUAUCUUCCCCAGAUAUCCUCUAGUCUUCAUAUUCUCUGUAACAUUUUAUUACAAAAAUUUUCUAACAUACAGGAAGGUUGAAUGAGUUUUACUGUGAGCAAUCCUAUAUCCACUCACUAGAUCCACAAUUAACAUUUGGCCAUAUUUGCUUCACCACAUAUCUGUAUUCCUUUAUGCAUCCAUCAAUCUAUUUUUUAUGCAUUUCAGAGUAAAUUGAAGACAUCAGUAUACUUCACCUUGAAGCACUUAAGCAUUUAUAUAAUUAACCAGAGUUCAAUAUUUAUAGAUUUUCUAGGUAAAAUUUACAUAGAUUGAAAUGCACAGAUCUUGAGUAUGCUAUUCAAGAAUUUUAACAUUGUAUCCAUCUAUGUGACUCAAAUCUCUGGCAAGAUGUGGAACGUUACCAUCAUUCCAGAAAAAUUUCCCCUCUUCUCCCCAGUCAAUACCCACCCCCCACCAAUCUCCAGAGGCAACUACUAUUCUGAUUUUUUCACCAUAGCUUAGUUUUACUUAUUUUAGAACUUUAUAUAAAUGGAAUCAUGCAUUGUGAACUCUUUGUUUUUGACUUCUUUCCAACAACAUGAUGUUUUGAAGGAUCAUCCAUGAUGUUGUGUAUAAUUCCUUUUUUUUGUUGAGUAGCAUUCCAUGAUAUUAUACCAUCACUUACCUAUCAACUUUUUGCUAUCAUGAUUUGAAGCUGCUAUGGAUAUCCUUGUACACAUUUUUUGGUGAAUAUAUGUUUUUAUUUCUCUUGAAUAAAUAGAGUGGAAUUCCUGGA